GGACUCUUCCUGUCCAUGUACCUUGUCACAGUGCUUGGGAACCUGCUCAUCAUCCUGGCUGUCAGCUCUGACUCCCACCUCCACACCCCCAUGUACUUCUUCCUCUUCAACCUGUCCUUGGCUGACAUUGGUUUCAUCUCUACCACGGUCCCUAAGAUGCUGGUGAACAUUCAAACUCAUAGCGGAGUCAUCUCCUUUGUGGGUUGCCUGACUCAGAUGUCUGUUUUUAUCCUUUUUGGAUGUAUGGAUGGUACAAUUCUGACUGUGAUGGCCUAUGACCGGUUUGUGGCCAUCUGUCACCCCCUGCAUUAUCCAGUCAUCAUGAACCCUCAUCUCUGUGUCAGGUUAGUUUUGGUGUCUUUCUUGUUUGGCCUUUUGGACUCCCAAAUGCACAAUUUGAUAGCCACACACUUUUCCUACUUCGAGAAUGUGAACAUCACUACCUUCUUCUGUGACCCUUCUCAGGUCCUUAGUCUUUCCUGUUCUGAUACCCUUACCAUAAAUAUACUCAUGUAUUUUAUUGGCACCAUAUAUGGCUGCCUUCCUCUCUUAGGGAUCAUUUUCUCUUAUUACAAAAUUAUUUCCUCUAUUCUGAGGAUCCCAUCCUCAGGUGGGAAGUACAAAUCCUUUUCCACCUAUGGGUCUCACUUGUCUGUUGUUUGCUUAUUUUAUGGAACUGGCACAGGAGUGUACCUUUUUUCCAACAAGUCAUCUUCCACCAAAAAGGGUAUAGUAGCUUCAGUGAUGUUCACUGUGGUCACCCCCAUGCUGAACCCCUUCAUCUACAGCCUGAAUAACAGGGAUGUUAAAGGUGCCCUGAGGAGACUGCACAGGAGGACCGUGUGA